UCUACUUCUAGUACUUGUUUUCUGCUACUUUCCACUGCUUCCUACUCUCUCAUCUUCUUCCUUUUGGACGACGAAGAGUGAUCAUUAAGAUGAUCGAGACUUCAAGGGUGUAGUGGUAGAGGGCACCCAGAAUUUAGAGGACCCCAUGGCUUGCCGCUUCAGCUGUGAUUUGCAGUUUUGCUGACAUAAAAAAAGUUGAACACUGUAUCAGAUGGGAGGAGCAUGUUCUAGGAAGCGUGACCAGCAGGUCAAUGAUGAAAGUAUACAUAGAGGAGUUUCUGGACGAUAUUCCAAAAGUGCAAGUUCAAAAUGGUUGGGAACAUCAUUUUCUAGAGGAGCAGAUGCUAAACAGAGAAAUGGAAAAUACCCAUCUCUCAUGGAAUUGUGUAUUCGUAAAAUCUGUGAAGACAUUGAUAAAUACAAUACCUUCUCUGUAUUGCCUAGGGACAUAAGUCAGCAGAUCUUUGAUGAAUUGGUUGGCACACAGCGUCUUACCGAUGUCUCUCUUGAAGCUUUUAGAGAUUGUGCUCUUCAGGAUCUUGAUAUGGGAGAAUAUCCUGGUCUAAACGACCAGUGGAUGGAUGUCAUCUCUUCACAGGGUCCAUCUCUACUUUCCCUAGAUGUGUCCGCAUCUGAUGUCACAGAUUCUGGACUGACUAAUCUCAAAGAUUGCAAAAAUCUGCAAGCACUAAAUCUUAAUUAUUGUGACCAGAUUACGGACCGUGGAGUGGAAAAUAUAAGUGGUCUAUCAAACUUGACUACUCUGAGUUUUAGGAGAAACAAUAUACUUACUGCUCAAGGGAUGAGUGCGUUGGCUGAGUUAAUUAACUUGCUGAAGUUAGAUUUGGAGAGGUGCCCAAAAAUUCACGGCGGUAUGGUUCAUCUUAAAGGUCUAACCAGGCUUGAAUCUCUUAAUAUCAAUUGCUGCAACUGCAUCACAGAUUCGGAUAUGAAGCCUCUUGCGGGCCUGACAAAUCUUAAAGUGUUGCAAAUUUCAUCCAGUAAGGUCACAGAUUAUGGUGUUACUUUUCUGAAAGCUCUAGAAAAGCUUACCCUGUUGAAUAUGGAGGGUUGUCCUGUCACUGCAGCGUGCCUGGAGUCUCUUUCAGCUCUUCAUGCUCUGCUAUAUUUAAACCUGAGCAGAUGUUGUUUGACUGAUGAUGGGUGUGAGAAGUUUUCGAGUUUGCAGAGUUUGAAAGUGCUGAAUUUGGGAUUCAACGAGAUCACAGAUGCCAUUCUUGUGCACCUGAAAGGUUUCACAAACUUGGAGAGCUUAAACCUGGAUUCAUGUAGGAUUAAGGAUGAAGGGCUGAUUAAUUUGUCAGGUCUUCAUCGCCUGAAGAGUUUGGAGUUAUCUGACACUGAAGUUGGAAACAAUGGGAUCCGUCAUCUCUCAGGAUUGAGGAAUCUAGACAGCUUAAAUCUGUCCUUCACUGUUGUCACUGACAGUGGUCUAAGGAAGCUUUGUGGUCUGUCCUCUUUGAGGUCACUCAAUCUGGACGCACGCCAAAUAACUGAUACCGGACUUGCAGCACUUACGAGCUUGACUGGGCUAACUCACUUGGACCUCUUUGGAGCUAGGAUCACUGAUUCUGGAACAAGCUAUCUUCGACAUUUUAAGAAUCUGCGUUCUCUGGAAAUCUGUGGUGGAGGUUUAACCGAUGCUGGUGUAAAGAACAUCAAGGACCUGACGUCCUUGACAUUGCUAAAUCUUUCUCAAAACAGUCACCUCACGGAUAAGAGCUUGGAAGCGAUUUCUGGGUUGACGCAGCUGGUGUCUCUGAAUGUUUCAAAUUCCCGCAUAACAAGUGCAGGGUUGCAACAUCUGAAGCAACUCAAGAACUUGAAAUCACUUACCUUGGAAUCCUGCAAAGUGACUGCAAAUGACAUCAAGAAACUGCAGUCGACUGAGCUCCCAAAUCUGGUGAACUACAGGCCGGAAUAGAUGGUGCAAGGAUACUUUCUGAGAUCACCUGGUCAGUGCUGGAGAAGUGUUGUACAUAGAUCAGCAAUAAAAUGUGUUAUUUGUUGAACUGUAAAUAAUCCGUCUGCUGAAGAUUUGGUUAGAUCUCAUUCUUCAGUGUGUCUUGGUCUUUUCAUAGUGCCACAGCAUGAAGCUUUCUUUCAUAUUGUGUAUGAAGGAAAAUGUACAUAAGCUUCCUUGGCACUGGAUGGAGGUAAAUAGGUUUUGUAAAUAUUUGUUGUCAAACUGUUAAGAAACAGUGAUGCGCUUCUGAAUUGGCGUGCUGCUGUCGAGGUUCUUUUGUCGGUUCUGGUCCAUCUGGCUUUAGUAUGCUUUCUGACUAAGGUUCAGAUGUGGAAAUGAAUGAUUAUUCUCCUUGGCAAGUUCUCGAUGCCAUGAAAUGCUUGGCUUUUGUACCAUUUCUAUUCCCAGUGAACUCUUGCCUAAGGAACUGUCUACGAGUAUUCUGUGGUCAUUAUGUCGUGUGAUUCUCAAUUCAGUCCUUGGUUGUGUAUUAAGGCCUUUAUGUUGGGUCUCGACAUCAUUUUGGGUGCUAUAUUCUAAGCAAAUGUUGUAUUUUUGUGCAA